UCUACAACUCCUUCCAAAAACACAAUUCACUGAUGUAAUAAUUAUGCAUAAUGACAUUUGUUUUGGUAUAGAAAUACACUGCAUCCUAACUUUAAGCGCUACAUUUUUCAGGUAAUACCAGAAAAAAUUGUGUUGUACAAGGCCAAUGUGAUUAGUUAGCCAUCGGCGGUUACGUGACAUUAAUCUCCAUAGUUACAAAACAUCUCUAGUGGAGCGGGCAUUUCGCGGGUAGUUCUCAAACUUGCGCAGCAAUAACAAACGUCUCCAUUGAAUUUAACGCGAUUUGGUUUUUAAGUCUAAUAUUACAAGACGACGAAGGACAACCAUCAUGUUCUCCGACCUGAGCGCGCGGAAAGACGGCUCCUCUCUUCUGUGCCAUCCUGCCGAAGACCUGGCGCCCGUGUUUGAGAGAGCUUCCACGGCCUACAGUCCAAACUCGGAGCGCUUCGGAGUCGGAGAACGGAGUUUCAGUCGUCAGUAUGCUCAUAUUUAUUCAGCGCGACUCUUGCAGAUGAGACCUUUACUCACGGCAAAAGCUCAACAAAAGUGGGGAUCAAAUGUGCUUUCCCGGAAACUCUGUGAUCUUCAGACAGGUGAACAGUGUUGCAUUGUGGGAACUUUGUUCAAGCGUAUGGACUUGCAGCCAUCCAUCCUAAAAGAGAUAAGUGAGGAGCACAACCUGUUGCCCCAGCCUCCACGAGUCAAAUACAUCAGUGACAAUGAUGAGCUGAUUCUGGAAGAUGAGCUGCAGAGGAUCAAACUGGAGGGCAAAAUUGACAGAGAUAGGUGUGUCACAGGCAGUGUUAUCGCUGUCUAUGGAGCUGAGAGGAAUGACGGGAAGUUCACAGUGGAGGACUUCUGCACAGCUGAUCUCCCUGCACAGACUGUGAGACCUGCGCUUAAUGCUGAUAGAUUUUUGCUGCUCGUCUCAGGGCUGGGUCUCGGUAGUAGUCAUGCAGACAGCAUGCUGGGCCUACAACUACUGGUUGACAUGGUAACAGGUCAGCUCGGUGACCAGGGGGAGCAGAGCGGAGCGGCGACAAUAUCGAGGGUCUUGAUGGCGGGAAACCUCCUCAGUCAAAGCACACAGGACAAGGAUGCCGCAACCAAGGCAAAGUACCUGACCAAAAAGACUCAAGCUGGCAGCGUGGAGGCCAUUCGCUUGUUGGAUGAGCUGCUUCUGCAGUUGGUGGCUUCUGUUCCAGUGGAUGUGAUGCCCGGCCAGUAUGACCCCACCAACUACACACUGCCUCAGCAGCCUCUGCACCGCUGUAUGUUCCCCUUGUCCUCUGUCUACCCCACACUGCAGUUGGCAUCCAACCCAUACCAGGCCACUGUGGAUGGAGUGAGGUUCCUGGGCACCUCAGGUCAGAAUAUCAGUGACAUUGAGCGCUACAGCAGCAUGAACAGUCAUCUGGAGAUUCUGGAAGAAACACUCCGAUUGCGACACCUUGCUCCUACAGCUCCUGAUACCCUUGGUUGUUACCCGUUUUACAUGAAAGAUCCGUUCAUCUUGGAAGAGUGCCCACAUGUUUACUUCAGCGGGAACGCUCCAACGUUUGGGUCAAAGCGCCUAACAGGUGCUGAUGGCCAGGAAAUCCUUUUGGUGACUGUGCCAACAUUCCACAGCACCCAAACAGCAUGUCUUGUCAACUUGCGUACUCUUGAAUGCGAGCCAAUCAGCUUCUCGGCCUUUUCUGCGGGUGACGACGACGACAGUGAGUUGAACAUCAGCCACUGAGGGUAGUGAAGUCAGCUCACACGUAUUCAGUGGGACAGUAUUGUGAGGUUUGCCUGAGUUGAACUGCAUUCAUCUAUUGUAAAGUGUUUUUUUCACAGAGGAUGAUUCUGUAAAUAAUUACAUCUUGAGUUUAAAAAAAGUUGUUUUUAAUGUGCAACUGCAAUAAAAAAAAGAAUAACAGACUGAA